AUGGAUGGUAUAGAACUGGGUAUAGUCUCUAAAAGGUGUAGUAAAUUGACCGCUCAAUGUUACAAGCAACACGUUGAUAAACUUGAGGAAGGAAUCACUAGCAACCCCAAGUUGUUCUGGACCUUGAUUAAAAGUAAAAGAGGAGGCAGCAGUAGUUACCCAGCUAAUAUGUCUGACGGACACACCUCUACAUCUGAUAGCUCAAGUAUCUGUGAAUUGUUUGCCAUCGAUGCCUUCUCAGCUGUAUUUGAUGAUGGUAGUAGUCUGGGCCCGGCUGAGUGUAUUGAUCCCAGCUUUAUUGCUGCCCUAAAAGCAAACGCCCUGGGUCUGAAUGCACCUUUACUAUAUUAUGACGAAGUGUUGGCUAGUUUAGAAUCCUUAGACGCUUGUAAGGGUGCAGGACCGGACAAUGUACCCCCUUUAUUUCUAAGAGUUUGUGCAUUGGAGUUGGCGGAGCCUCUACUUGCUAUAUUUAACAAGUCGCUAUCUGCAGGAGUUUUCCCUUCCGUUUGGAAGAUGGCUAAG